AUGUCUUUGCAAGCUAUAAAGUUCGACAGACAAAAGACCAGACUUGACAUUCUUGAUCAAUUGCUGAUCCCUUAUCAGACGAAAUACAUCCAAGUGUCGAACAUUGAUGAUGGGUACUCGGUGAUUCAGAAGAUGCAAGUGCGAGGCGCCCCUGCCAUAGCUAUUGUUGGGUCAUUUUCCAUCACUUGUGAGUUGAACUCGGUCAAAGACGGCCAAAAGAAUAACCACGGCUACGAUGUGUCAGACUUAUCGGUUUUCAAAGCAGCCCUAGAGAAGAGAAUUGAUUAUCUGAUAAAAUCAAGACCGACAGCAGUUAACCUCGUCAAUGCCUGUACUGCCAUUAAAGCGAUUGUUGAAACCGCCUGUACUAUUGACGAUCUAUACGCAGAGGUGUUAAGGUACAGCGUUGUAUUGUUUGAGGAUGACCUCAAGAAUAACUAUAGAAUUGGUGCCAACGGCGUCAGAUACAUCGAUAAUGAGCUAUCAAAUUUUGAAGGACCGUUUGCGGUCAUGACUAUCUGUAACACUGGCUCUCUUGCGACGUCAGGACAUGGAACAGCUCUGGGAAUAAUCCGCUCGUUGUGGGCUAAGUCUAAAGCGAACCCAAGAAAUGCCGAUGACAAAACGAUUCAGGGUCAGAAAUCGUGGUUAUCCCACGUCUAUGCCUGUGAAACCAGACCGUAUAACCAAGGUUCCCGACUGACAUCAUACGAACUAAAUUUUGAGAAAAUACCGUUCUCCCUGAUCACCGAUAAUAUGCCAGCUUACUUAAUUGAUUCUCUCUUCAGCCAGAGGGUGAACUGUCCAUUACCAUCGAGGGCGCCUGUCAAAUUCAUCAUCGUGGGAGCUGAUAGAAUUGUUACCAAUGGUGAUCUAGCCAACAAGAUUGGUACCUUCCAACUUGCCCUUAUUGCAUCUCAAUAUGAUGGUGUGAAGUUCAUCGGAGCUGCUCCUACCACUACCAUUGAUUACACACGAGACUCUGGCGAUGACAUUGUUAUUGAACAGCGUCCUGCCAAUGAGCUUACAUCAAUUCUAGGGGGACAGGUUGAUAGCUCUGAUCAGUUUGUUACGGACUCUGAGGGGAAAGUUAACCUUUUGCGCAUUAAGACUGCCACGCCAAACAUCGACGUGUGGAAUCCUGCAUUUGACGUCACGCCAAACCGAUUGAUCGAUUCAAUUGUCACCGAACAGGACUAUCUGGUCAAAGAUUCACACGGUAAGUUCAACCUGUAG